ACCUCAGAGCAACGCUUUACUUCCGCUUCCGGUUAGAGCCUGUCACUGACGGCCCCACUACAAGCUUGUGGCAACCUUUCACACAGUAGUAAACAUGCAAGAUGAGCGACUCUACCGCUACGUCUGCGCUAUCGCAUUUGCGUUGGCCGCACGGAUGGCACAGACCUAGAUUAACGUUAUCCCCAGGAUCGUAGCCGCCACUUUAAUACCACGGAGUACUAUUCGAGGCACGUUUUAGACAACGGAAGCGGGGUUAAUUCGAAUAGAGUUACGCGUCGUAACGAAGCAAUUAAUUGGCUUGUCCUAGUCGAACGGAAGCACGGAUCGCUGUUGUGCCACGUGAUUACGGGAAUCACGUGACGCUUGACGCAAGGAGGUGUGUUAGCAGGAUAGGCUGCCAUCCGGAAGUAUGGGCUUGGGGAUUACUCGUGAAUUGCUAUGCAUCGUUACACAGAUACCAGGAACUUGUGACAAGCCCAGCCUAUGGGUAUCCCUGCCUGAAACAACGCGUCCUGAUGCCCAUAUCAGGUGGCUUCCUGUGUAAUGGGCUACCACGAUGUUUCUGUCGCAUGCCUCUCAACUGUGCCUUUACACCCUACUCACUGGACUGGUCUUCGUCACUCCACUUACCCACACUGCCUGCUCUCCGCUCAUCAAUGACGCCCCUCAUUCUGGAGAAGAGCUGACAUGGGCUGUUCACCUGGACCCAGCUGGGGGAGAGGAGGCACUUGACACUCUUGCCGAUGAACUCUCACAGGCUUCUGGGCUUGAAAACCGAGGAGCGAUAGGAGAACUUAAAGACCGUUACUUGUUUGCUUAUGUGGGCAGCGGCCAAUGCCUGGAGGAUGCACGCAGACGAGCCCAUGGCCUGUUCACCAAGCACAACCACGUGAGGUGGUACUCGGAGCAGAAGCUACUAAAGAGAUCUAAACGAAGUUUGCACUUUAAUGACCCCAAAUACCCCCUGCAAUGGCACUUGCACAACAGACACAACCCCGGGAUGGACAUCAAUGUUACCGGGGUCUGGGAGAGGAAUGUGACAGGCCAAGGGGUCACAGUGGUGGUUGUCGACGAUGGAGUCCAGCACACAAUCCAGGAUAUCCAGCCCAACUAUAGUCCUGAAGGCUCCUAUGACCUGAACUCUAAUGAUCCAGACCCAAUGCCACAUCCAGAUGGUAGCAGCGAUAAUCAUCACGGGACCCGAUGUGCAGGGGAGAUUGCCGCCGUCCCCAACAACAGCUUCUGCGCAGUCGGAGUAGCCUAUGGAAGCAGGAUUGCUGGGAUACGUGUUCUGGACGGUCCUCUCACUGACAGCAUGGAGGCAAUAGCUUUCAACAAACAUUAUCAGAUUAAUGAUAUAUAUAGCUGCAGUUGGGGUCCUGAUGAUGAUGGGAAAACGGUUGAUGGACCCCACCAGCUGGGGAAGGCUGCCCUCCAGCAUGGCGUCAUUGCUGGACGGAAAGGCUUUGGAAGCAUUUUUGUGGUUGCCAGUGGCAAUGGAGGUCAAUACAAUGACAACUGUAACUAUGACGGUUACGCCAACUCCAUCUAUACAGUUACUAUAGGAGCUGUCAAUGAGGCUGGUAGAGUGCCGUUCUACGCAGAGGAGUGCGCAUCAAUGUUAGCAGUGACCUUCAGCAGUGGAGACAAAAUGAUGAGGAGUAUUGUGACUUCAGAUUGGGACCUACAAAAGGGGACAGGGUGCACAGAAGGACAUACAGGAACAUCAGCAGCGGCCCCUAUUGCUGCUGGGAUGAUCGCGCUGAUGCUACAAGUACGUCCAUGUCUGACCUGGAGGGAUGUCCAGCACAUUAUCGUGUUCACUGCCACCAAGUAUGAAGACUAUUUGUGGGAAACCAAUGGUGCUGGUUUUAGUCACAGUCAUCAGCAUGGCUUCGGUCUGCUGAAUGCUUGGCGACUCACGAAUGCAGCUAAGGUCUGGGAAUCUGUACCCUAUUUAGCCUCCUAUGUAAGUCCUGCGUUUAAGGAGAACCGAAACAUCCCGCUACUGCCCAGCAGACUGGAACUGAGCUGGAACAUAACCUCUGCAGAUCUAGAGCUUUCCGGAAUGAAGACGCUGGAGCACGUUUCUGUGACCGUCACCAUCACCCACCCGCGCCGCGGGGACCUGGAGAUUCGCCUGUUCUGUCCAAGUGGGAUGUCGUCGCUUGUUGGAGCCAAGCGCAGUCUCGACACGGACCCGAGCGGAUACGCAGACUGGACUUUCUCCUCUGUUCGAUGCUGGGGGGAGAACGCAGAGGGAAUUUACAAAUUGCUGAUCAGUGAUUUUGGAGAUGCCAAAGGAGGAGUUUUGCAUCAGUGGCAGCUGACACUUUACGGAUCCAUGUGGACUCCCAUGGAUGUGGCAGAUAGAAGAAGGCUGGUGGAAGACGCGCAGGGCGGUCAGUACCUGAAUGAUAACUUCUCCCUCCCCUGUCCACCCGGUCUGGUGAUCUCAGAGCAGGAGAAAUAUACAAUCUCUAGCAACACUUUACGGACCCUUAUGCUCCUGGGAUGUUUUGCAGUGUUCUGGUCCUUGUAUUAUACCCUAGAGUUGUAUCUCUCCCGGAUUUCCAGCGUUAAAGACUUAGACUUGAGUUGCGAGGGACCUUCUUGUUUGUGGCCCCGAGGAACACCUAGUCCGCACCAGCUAGAGGCAGGUAAUGAAAUCGAGACGGUGCCUCUAUGCGGGGUGAAGGACAUUGUUUCAGAGGAUGAGGAAGAGGAUGACAAUUCUUCCUCCACCAGGAAAAACCAAACUAGAGCUGACUUUACAGAUCGUGGGCAGAAUGUGUCCUCUGAUCUUCAUCAGUACAGAGAAGUAGGCAAAGAGGAUGAACGUGUUUCUGAUACAUUCUUGUAACUUUGAAGAGCCCGGAUGUAACUAACUUGCGAUGAGGAGAAUCUGCAACGCAAAGCAGGAGGAAACACAGCAGUUACUUGUAUCUUGAUACGCAAGAUUGUUAUGGACAUCAAGUACCUUCCAAACAAGAUUGGACACCAGAGACAUUCUGACUACGUAUUGGAAACCUGAUUCAGCAGCCCUGGGUUUUCUGUGUUGUGGAUUGGUGAUGUCACUUUAACUUAACGCUGACUCAGACUCAGACAUUCUGAGAGGUAGAGAUUUUCCUCCGGAUCAGGGACCUUUUUAACGUGAUGCUGUGUACAUUCUCAAAUGCAGAUUAUUAGGGACGUCUCAGACACCCUGCGUUUAUAUAGCUUGAAGGGAUGGUGCAGUAUAAAUGACUUUUUAUUUGGUGUACAUGAAUCUGAAUUUGAUUCUGUUUUAAUACGGGUGAUAAUUAUUGUUAAACAUUUUAAACAAAUUGCUGCUGUACAUGUGAUCCUAAAAUUAGUUCUUUAUACAAUUAAAAAAAAAAAGGCUUUUGGUUAACAUUUGGUACAACAGCUAUUUUUUUGAUGUAACACAUGGUGUAGAUCACAUCUCUUUUAUGUGUGCAUUACAAAAUACAUCCAUUGUGCCAUAUUAUUAGUGAGUCAAAAUGUCAUGAAAACUGGGCAUUGAGUUAUGCAGACAGCACUAAAAUGCCAAAUAAUUAUAGUAAAUAUUUCUUUACCU